GGUCCGGAUAAAGUACCGUCUAGUUUAGCAGCAGUUGACAAUGAAACCCUUUUUUUUGCCAUCGCUGAUGGGGUCCGUGAGCCUUGGCCGAUGAUGUCGGAGAUGCGAGCCCGCCAAUUAACUUGCAGAAAAAGCAUCGUCCACGAAACGGACGCCAUCUGAGAUAAGGAUGUCGAAAUGGGGCCUCAUGAUUUUCGUGUUGAGAAACAAACUGGACGAAAUUGACCCAGGUCAGUAUUCGUAUGUGCAAAGGGUCCUGAGCGGAGAGUGGCAGGUGAAGGAGGAGAAAAAGAGGAGAAGAGGCGGAAAGGAGAUCAUCCAUGAUGUAACAUUCACCCUCCAACCAGUGAAUCAGAAGUCGCACCCAGUCCGCGGCAAUGCAGCCCAGCCCUGCAGAUUCCCGGUCCCAAUUUUCUCGUUUUCUUUUUUAUUUUUAAAUUCUUUUCUCGCCUACACAUACUUUCAUGCAGCGGCUGAGUCAACUUAUUGCAUGACCCUUUGUUUGCCAUCCACAGGUGGGUUGAGAAGUAUAUUCUCGUAUCUUAUACUUCACAUCCUUCCUUCCUUUCCUUUCAACUUCACUAUCGCAAAAGGAUCAGCAGCCCCACCGCGUCAUAGUGACACCAAUCGCAAAAGUCCCUUUCAUCUUCUGAUCUCAAACGGUUGCAUAUCAUAAACCAACAAAGCAUAUAAGGUUUCACGGCCACCAGCGAUCAUUUCUCUAGUCCACCAUAAUUGCUAGGCUUCACCUCCAACUUCUUUCUGAAAUACCCUCGA